UCCCUUCCCAGCUCCUUGUGCAUCUCUACCUAAUCUUAGGGGGGGGUGUGAGGAGUAGAGGAGGCCUUGGGACUGUAUAAGCACUGCUCAAGAUUAGCUAAAUCAUCAGGGUGUUAUCAACACCAUUUUCAGUACAAAUCUGGGGCAUCGCCCUGUAUGAGCUGCUAUGAAGAAAUCUCUUAUCUCAGCCAAAACCAGCACAGAGCUUUUUGUCUGAAUUCUGGUUUUGCAUAGUGCGUAGGUGAACAUUAACAUCCCAGUUAGGCUAUAUUCAUUGUAGUUAAGGUUCUCAAAUAUUUUGAAAGCAAAUGAGUUCUUUUGGUAGAAAUUUGUCCUUUAUGUUGCAGUACAAAAUAGGGCAAGAUGAGCUCAGGCUCUGAUAUGUCAGGGCCAGCACUGGAUUUGAAGCAAACUUUGGCAUGGGUGUGAGACCACGCUGCAGUAGCUAGCUUUGUAUUUGGUAAUGGAAUUAUUGUUUAACUUCAAAUAACUGCCCAGUAUUUACAUCAAACAGACACGGCACUCAGUUGGAGGGCACUGCAGAAGCCACAUGACCAUGACAACUGCAGACAUCUAGAACCACCAGCUUCUGUGUAUACCCCGGGCUGCUUAUUGAAAAGGCUCAGGUUGAUUCUGCACAUAUUGGCUUGCCCCUGGUCUACAUGGGAAGAACAACCUAGGGAAGCACUGUUGGACGUGAAUUGCUAACUGAUGGCGAUCUUCAUAGAAACUACUAAAGAGUUCAAAGGAUUCACGUUAGGCAAAGUAAGCUGUUCUGAAAAAGUAAAAUGGAUCCUUGUUCAGUUGGAGUUCAGCUUCAGACUACCAAUGAAUGCCAUAAGACCUAUUACACUCGUCACACUGGUUUCAAGACUAAGCAAGAGCUGUCAUCAUCUGAUCUACUGUUACUUCAGCUUAGGACUGGAAUAACCCUUUCAGAGAACAAUACAAUCUGCUUCCAUCAUGCAAAAAUUUACAUUGAAAGAUUUGAAGACUUGCAGAAAUCAUGUUGCGAUCCCUUCAAUAUACACAGAAAACUAUCAAAGAAAAACUUGCGAGCAAUUGACUUGGAUGAUGCAACUUUUCUAAGUGCCAAGUUUGGAAGGCAGUUUGUACCUGGUUGGAAGCUUUGUCCCAAAUGUAUGCAGAUAAUAAACGGAAGCGUGGAUGUUGAAUCUGAAGAUCGCCAAAGAAGAAAACUUGAUUCAGACGGGCGUACAGCUAAGGCUUUAAAGUCUCUACAGUUUGCUAAUCCAGGCCGACAGACUGAAUUCACUCCUGAGACCAGCAAGAGGGAAAAAAGAAGGCUGCAAACAAAAAAUGCGGCAUUUAAUUCAGACAGGCAAGUUAUACCAGCCAAGAGUAAAGUCUAUGACAGCCAGGGACUACUGCUUUACAGUGGGAUGGACCUCUGCGAUUGCCUGGAUGAAGACUGCCUUGGAUGUUUCUAUGCUUGCCCCAAGUGUGGCUCCAACAAGUGUGGAGCUGAAUGUCGCUGUGACCGCAAGUGGCUGUAUGAGCAAAUCGAGAUAGAAGGAGGAGAAAUAAUUAGAAAUAAGCAUGCUGGUUAGAGUAUAUGCACAUUAUUUAUCCUGAGUAUAUAUUCCAUGCUUUGAUUAAACAUAGCACAUUUGUCAGUGGUUUAAUGAAAGCCAUUGGAAUUUAUCACAAUCCACAUGAUUAAUAUGCUCACUUCCACAUUUAUUUUGAUUAUGGAGAUAUGAUUAUGGAGAUAAUUGUACUACUGUCUUUUUACCCUUCAUUCUACCUUGUACUCAGUCUUGUUAGUCAUCCAAGUAAUCUCUUAUCAAACAGUCUUUCACUAUAUUUAGGUAUAAGGGGCUAAAUUUUCAUGUGAUAUAUCCUGAGCCACUUAUUUGUUUCAUACACUGUUUUGUAGAAUGUACCAUCUCUCACGUAUCCCUCAUUUUUCAUUCUGUAGUUCAGGAUCUCAUGGUCUUGAACCUGUUUUAUGUGAAACACUCUAAAAGUUCUCAAUCAAUUUACAUGCGGUAUUAUGAAAAGUCUCUCCAGUAUUAAUAGUGAAUGCUUCUAUAGAGUAUCUACAAUUCCAUCCCAGCUACAGCUGAUAAACUCAAUCCCAUUCACUUAAGUGGAUUCAAAAAGCAUUUAGGCAUUCAGAUCCCAUCCAAAUUACAGGGAUUUGAGAUAAAGUUAUCCUUAUAAUUCAGGCCUCAUUGUUGAAGUGUUUAAAUUAACAUAUUUUCAAUGCCUUGACAGUUUAUUUAACUAUAGUACUGAUUUGUUAGUUUCCAACACAAUUGAAAUAAUUUUGCUGUAUUUGUUAUCAGUCUGUAUUUAGACUGGGCUGACUGGUACUUCAACAGCCCUCUUCCCUUUUACUUUGUACUUAUUUUUAAGGUAAAGGUUUACAUGCAGCUGAAAUGCAUCUGAGUGUCUGUUCCCAAACCAAGAAUACCCAGACUGCUACAAAAAACCCAAAACAUUUAAAUUAUGUUUGGUUGAUGCAUUAUCUAUCUGCAAAACGUGAAAGUUUUAUAGUAUAACGUGAUUUAUGGAAAACAUUUUCUAAUUGAAAUCUAAGUAACAUUAAGUAUUAUUCUUUGGUAUUUUUGUUGUGUUUUGGAUAAAUUCCCUAUUUCUGGGAUAGACUUGGAAGAUAUGCAUGCUUAUUAGGUCACAUUUAUUCAAGAAUACUGUUAACUAUGGACUUCUGAAGACUUAGUAAGUCUUAGGAGGUACCCCAGUGAGUAAAGCUGUAUAAUCUUGCUGUUUGUUUAAAGUGGCGUUUUUUCUGAUAAGUGUCAUGGAGGUUUUAUCACUAAAAUCCAAAGUAAUGCUUUGAGUUGCACUGACAUCUGCUGGUCCUAGUGCAGGAUAAGCAUCAAUUUAUAAUACAUUUUUAUUAAAUCUGCUACAAAAAUAAACAGACUUUCUUGGGGGGAGCAGA